AUGGAUACCCACCCUCCAUCUGGUACCUCGCCGGAGGUCGCCAGCUAUUAUGAGUUGAGCUGGUCGAUUCUAAGCAGCAUCGGACUGUUCACAACUCUCCUGAGUAUCUGGGCCAUGCUCAUCACACGGCCCAGCCCCUUGAGCUUCAUCCCCAUUGUCGUCUCCGCUGCUGGUGCCGUGGCCAACGGACUCUGUUACUUUUCCUUCUACACAUCGCAUCCUCCCGGAGACCGAGCAGCUGCCAGUGCCAUUGCCGAUAUCCUCUGGCUGGUCCAAGAAGCAGGCCUUUCCUUCUACAGCUACCAAAUCCUACUACACACUCUCCGGGACAGGACCCGGAUACUCUUCCUUUCCCUGUUCUGGUUUUUCAUGGUUGUAAUUUGCGCCAUCCGAAUGACUAUACUCGCCAGCAGAGUCCUUGAAAUCACUGAAGAAGGCGUGUCCUCUCAUUCCGCUGGUCCAUUACAACACCGAAUCGACUGCCUACAUGUCGGCUACUUCGCGAGUAUCGCAUUGGUCGAAACGUGCACCUCUUUCUUUCUUAUUCGUCUUCUGCACAAGGCAUACCACGUCUCUCCUAAACUGUCCUUCACAAGAAUGAUCUUCCGGCAUGUGCUCCGCACGACUGAGGUGCGCGUUGCUAGCCUCUGCAUUAUCGGGAUCACCCGCGCAGUUACGUAUUCGUUGCAGGUCACAUCGCAAACAGCCACGACGGUGGCGGGUCAGUUUGACCGGUUUGCGUAUACGAUGGAAUGCUUAUUUCCGUUGGUUAUGGUAACGGACAUUCUCGCUACAAAGAAGUUUCAUAUUGGGGAUCGGAACACCAUGACAACCGUUGAGGCGUCACCUAUUGCACCAUAUCGGGAUCUCGGGAGUCCCGUGAAUGAUAAUAGACCGAGGGAAUUGGAGUGGCCGCGGUCGCCGUGA